AUGUUCAACUGGAACAAAUUCGUCUCUCCGAAACCGUCUCUAGACGUCCCCGCUCUAGAGACGGUCGAUCUCAAUGAUAAAGAAAUGGAAAAGAGAAUUGUUCGAAAGCAAGAUAUUAGAAUUAUGCCAUGGGUUUGCAUAACAUAUCUCCUUAACUAUCUCGACAGAGUCAACCUCGGCAAUGCCAGAACUCUCAACAAUGACACACCAGAGCACAACAUCGUUAGCCAACUUAACCUCACCGGCCAAAGAUACAACAUCGCAGUCGCUUUGUUCUUUGUACCAUAUGUCCUCAUGGAGUUCCCCAGCAACAUUCUCCUCAAGUACUUUUCGCCUAGUAAAUGGAUCUCCCGAAUUAUGGUGUCUUGGGGUAUUGUUACUAUCUGCACAGCCGCUGUUACUACUUAUGGUGGAUUGUUGGCUGUGAGAAUAUUCCUGGGUUUGGCUGAAGCUGGUUUCUUCCCUGGUAUCAUGAUGUAUCUCUGUUUCUGGUAUAAACCUGAAGAGAGAGCUACAAGAAUGGCCAUCUUUGCUUCCAGUGUUGCUGUAGCUGGCGCUUUUGGUGGACUUCUCGCUACAGGUAUCUCAUACCUCAACGGUAAAGCUGGCCUGGCUGGUUGGCAAUGGCUGUUUGUGCUCGAAGGCAUUCCCGCAGUUAUUGUCGGAAUUCUGGUGUGGUUCUUCCUCCCUGACUACCCUCAAACCGUCUCAUGGCUUUCUCCUGAAGAACGCGCUUUCGCAGUCAAGCGUCUAGGUCCUUAUGCACCCUCCAUGAACGACAAGCACUGGGACAGCAAAGUCGCCAAAGAGACCGUCUCCGAUUACUUCUUCUGGCUUUUUGCCAUUGCCUACUUUUUUAUGGCCAACUCUCUCAACGCCUUUGGAUACUUUGCGCCUACAAUCGUUGCGUCUCUAGGAUUUGAAGGAAAAUACGGUCAACUAAUGACUGUCCCUCCCAACGUCUUUGCUGUCUUUAUCAUUGUCGGAAACUGUCUUCACAGCGACAAGACAAAAGAGCGUUCAAAGCAUGUGUUGGGUGGUUUGACUUUUGUCGCUACUGGAUAUCUUCUUCUUGCCUUUGUUAAGCAUUGGGGAGUCAGAUACUUUGCUGUUUGUCUAAUUGCUUGCACCAAUGCUGCUGUACUACCCUUUGUUGCUCACCGAACUGCCACCGUCCGAGGCUCAACGGCUACCGCUCUCGCAACAGGUGGUAUGAUUGCCAUCUCCAACACAGGCGGCAUUACAGCACCUUUCCUCUUCCCCUCCAGCACAUCUCCCAUGUACGCUAUGGGUAACUGGACGGUCUUUGCAUUCCUCGUCGCUGCUGGCUGUAUCACUAGUUACGUGUGGUACGUGUUUGGCGCCCACAGUGGUUAUAGAACUGGUGAUGCCACUGAGACUGGACACUUUGAAGUGUUGGAUGUUGGUGACAAGGAUCCUAAUGCUGUUAUGGACCAAGCCAUGGAGAAUGAGAAGGCCAAGGAUAAGUUGAAGGAUAUUGAUAUGGCUUAG